GGGCCGACGCAGGGACCGGCGCGGGGGUGAGAGCGCGCGGCCGGAUUCACCACAACAUGGCAAAUCUUUUUAUAAGGAAAAUGGUGAACCCUAUGCUAUAUCUCAGUCGUCACACAGUGAAGCCUCGAGCCCUCUCCACAUUUCUAUUUGGAUCCCUUCGAGGUGCAGCCCCCGUGGCUGUGGAACCCGGGGCAGAAGUGCGCUCACUUCUCUCACCCGGCCUCCUGCCCCACCUGCUGCCCGCGCUGGGGUUCAAAAACAAGACUGUCCUUAAGAAGAGCUGCAAGGACUGUUACCUGGUGAAGAGGCGGGGUCAGUGGUACGUCUAUUGUAAAAUCCAUCCGAGGCACAAGCAGAGACAGAUGUAGACCCUUUCCCUCCAGAGUCACGCACAUACUCGUCAUCGCGUCUCUUGGGAGAAUGGUUGUAUCUUAUGGAAGGAAUUAUCACAUCAAGGAGUCAGGGGAAAGUGACUGGAAGCAAACGCCCUAAAAGUUACCCAUCACGUUUCAGUGUAAAUGAGUAACUAUAGAAGACAUUGCAUUAUCUUAUUUCCAAAAUGUUCCAAUUAAAAAACAUUUUCCUAUUUAAAAAAAGA